AUGGACAAUCCGAGCUUACCAAGAAGCCCCAUGAAAUCAUACCGUGGAGCAGCAGCACUUGGAGGAGGUGCAGCAGGUUAUACCUUGUUCGUUGACAAGACCACAAAUCGUGUUCCUGUUAUGUAUCUCCAGUUGCUUGAGGAUUUGAAUUUAGUUCAUUCAACCCAUCCAAAUUUAAGUUAUACAGAAAACCAGCCUCAGGCUUAUCGUUGUAUUCCUCGCACUCAAUCUAGUUCAUCGGUUGUUGUUGUAAAGUCAUUGCGAGAGGAGCUUGAUAGAUUGGAGGCUCAUGAGAUUGCUGAUCUGGGUUGUGCUAGAUUGGCGAAACAUGGCGGCAAUACGGUGUUUUCCGGUACAUCGGUAUUCAUGGCGCCGGAAGUUGUCUCCGGCGAAGAACAGGGGUUUCCGGCCGAUAGUUGGGCUCUGGGUUGCACUGUAAUCGAGAUGGCCACCGGGUCUCCGCCGUGGCCGGAGGUGAACGACCCUGUUUCGGCCCUAUACCGGAUUGGGUUUUCCGGCGAUGUACCAGAGUUUCCGAGAUGGUUUUCCAAGCCGGCAAAAGAUUUUCUGAGCAAGUGUUUGAAGAGAGGUUGUAGUACAGUCAACUAUGGAUUCAGUUGCAUGAGGAACGAACUACAUUGGAAAUGGGAAAGGUAUGUGUAG